CUGGGGCAGCCAAUGGGAAGGCGGCUGGGGCGGGGCCGGUUUGGUGGCGGGAACUCGGAGGCUAAGCGUGAUCAGGGCAGAGAAACCGGACCCGAGGGUAAGGAGCGAGCGCCAUGCCCAGCACCAGGGCCCAGGUUCAGACCGCCAUCGGCUUCCCCAAGAAGAAGCUCGCCCGGACGCCCAGCAAGGGGCUGGGGAGCGGCCAAGCCCCGGAGCCCAGCGGAGCCACUCUGGGCCCAGCCCCAGCGCUGCCCCUCAGCCCUCGCAAGCGCCUCGGUGACGACAACCUGUGCAACAUUGUCCAGUUGGCACCCUGCUCCCCAACGAAGCAGAGCAAGAAAGAAAAUGGACCCCUAUCUGUCUCCCACAAAGGACGGCGCUUGUUCUUUGGUGAGCAGCUGACAGCAAGAUCUCCUGACAAGAGAAGCAAUUUGGUUCUGUCCCCGAUUCGCAAGGGGCAGGAGACCCCACGGAGCUCUGAACGCUCUCCAAAGAAGGAAGUUGUGUGCACACAUCUGUUCAAACAGGAAGGUAGUUGUUACCAGCAGGUGAAACGUGUCCUGCACACGGCUGUCCCCGAUCGACUCCAUGCCAGGGAGAAAGAGACAGACUUCAUCAAGCAGUUCCUGAAAGAACAUGUCUGCAGGGAGAAACCCGGCAGCCUCUACAUCUCUGGUGCCCCUGGCACUGGGAAAACUGCUUGCCUGAGCAAAAUCCUGCAAGACUUCAAGGGCAAGCUCACAGGGAGCAAAACCAUUGUGCUCAACUGCAUGUCCCUCAGUAGCUCCCAGGCUGUGUUCCCAGCGAUAGCGGAGCAGAUGGGCCUGCAGGCGGUAGCCAAGAUGGCUGGGAAAGAAAUCACGAGGAAGCUGGAGAAGCAGCUGACAGCAAAGGGGGCACCUAUGAUCUUGCUGGUGCUUGACGAGCUGGACCAGCUGGACAGCAAAAGGCAGGACGUGCUCUACACAGUGUUUGAAUGGCCUUGGCUUGCCAACUCCAGGCUUGUCCUCAUUGGAGUGGCCAAUGCCCUGGAUCUCACUGACCGCAUGCUGACUAGGCUGCAGGCCCGGCCCAAGUGCAAGCCCCAGCUGCUGAACUUCCUCCCUUACACAAAGGAUGAGAUCACCUCCAUCCUGCAGGAGCGGCUGAAGCAGGUGCCUGGUGCCCAGGUAUUGGACAGUGCUACCAUCCAGUUCUGCGCGCGUAAAGUCUCUGCGGUCUCUGGAGAUGCCCGGAAAGCGCUGGAUGUCUGCAGGCGAGCCAUUGAGAUUGUGGAGGUGGAUGUGAGAAGCCAAACUGUCCUCAAACCGCUGCCUGGCUGCAAAUGCCCGACAUCUUCCAUGGUCUCCCCAGUUCCUAAGAGAGUUGGGCUCCCGCACAUCUCUCAGGUGAUCUCAGAUGUAUAUGGUGACAGGAUGGCCCCCAGAGGUGGGGAAGCCAACGACUCCUUCCCCCUCCAGCAGAAGAUCUUGGUCUGCUCCCUGCUGCUGCUAGCCAAGCAGUCCAAAGCCAAGGAGGUCAUGCUGGGGAAGCUCCAUGAAGCCUACAGCAAAGUUUGCCGGAAGCAGCAGGUAGCAGCUAUUGACCAGUCUGAAUGCAUCUCUCUUGUUGCUUCCUUGGAAUCCAGGGGCAUCCUAGGUCUGAAGAAAGCCAAGGAAACUAGGCUGUCAAAGGUUUUCCUGAAGAUAGAGGAGAGAGAUGUGGAACAUGCCCUUACAGAUGGAGUUUUAGUUGGAAACAUCCUGGCCGGGGGGUUGCUAUAAACUCCUCUGCCUUUGCACCUCUUGGAAAUGGACAGCCGGGGCGGGGGGGUGACGACACUGAUCUUGGACAAGUGCCGUUAUCCCCAGUCAAGACUUUUGCUGAAGCUGCCCAGGACUGUGACAGAGGAGUCUUUUAAUAGAUUAAUGUGACUGCAGCAUCUUGUCAUAAAGCUGCACCCAUGAUUUUAAAUGUGCCACUGGCUGGGAUGGAUGAUGUCCCAGGUGAGCAGAAACGCAGCGCUGUUCCUAGUGAAUCAGAAAAUGGAUUUGGAAACUGGCUCCAGGACCCCUCUGGAGCCUUGUGCGUGGCUCCAUCUCUUUUCUGUAUCCAGGAUAUUUUUUUUGACUUUGAUGUUCCUUCCCCCCAGAAGCAGCACGUGUGUUAGGGCCCAUCACGUUGCCUUUGCUGAGCAGCCAGAGAUCAAAGGGGGAGGAUGGUGUCAUUCAGACAGCCAGAGCCUGUUCAUAGAAACGAAACCAUUAACAACGCAAGAGGCUGCAGGAGGAAAUGAGAUGGCAGGCGCUUCAUUCCCAACCCCAGGCUCCUUUUGAAGUCUGGCUAGUUCCGCGUAGCAGAUGUCACUCUUAGUAAAGCUCAAUGUCUCUGGGGCUCAAUCAGGACUUUGUAUGAAACCCUGAGGGCCAUGUGUAUCUCCAGUUUUGUGAGCUGUGGACAUGUGUGUUUCUAACUUGUUCAUAGUGUGACAGAGAGUUGCACUAAGCUCUCUGCAAGAGCAGUGGUUUCUUCUCAUCCCUGUGCUCUCAAAUUGAAUGUAUAGUCUGCCCCGCCAGUACCUCCCCACCUACAUCUAUGCCUCAAAUUGCAGAUCCUUGAUCAGACUCAACUUAAGAUUUUGAAUGUGGUUCUACUCGUCCUUUUAUGACCCAUGAGGAGCCAGUGACCCAGUUCCAGUCUGAUGACUUGCGUUUCCCUCUCGGCAGCAGGGGGCGGCCUUGUAACGCAGACAGGCUCUGCUGCCCUCCCAGAAAGUUUGCAAAGUUUUGAGGAAGAUGUGAUACAUGUGCAAAGCUGGGGAAGCUGGGGCACUCCUUGUUUUAGAAUAA